AUAACGUCGUGAUUCUUUUACAAAACACCAGGGGCGCGGUUGAAGUUGCUUCCGGUGAGAAUUUGAUCGAAGUAGCAUAUCCCUUUCAUAAUGAGCCGGUGACACUUCGCCGCCGAAGAUAUAGUUUCUUCGAGCGUCUAAAAAUAAUUGAACACAGCUUGUCUCGUUUGAAACCUUACUACUACAUGAGUGAUGGGUGCGUUUGUAAACCUUCGAGUCCUACUGUAUCUUUUGGUGUCCUUUGUUUUUCAUCCAACCUCUUCUGAGACAUUCACAAGCGCCCGCACUUCGUUUCUUCAACUGAAAAGAUGGAAUAUGUCCGACGCACGGUGUCUUCGAUUUCGCUUCAAAACGUUUCUCCCAGAUGCGCUUCUGUUGUACAUGGAUGAUGAAGGAAAUACGAAUUUCUUACGACUUGAACUGAUUCAAGGAAAUCUACGACUUACAUGCAGCUACGGAUCUCGAUUCGGGCCCAUGGCAGACGAAACUCGCGGCAAAAACCUAAACGAUCUAGUCUGGCAUAGAGUGUUGGUGGAAAGGAAUAAGGACAACACUACAAUUUACUUAGACGAUCUUCCGAAAUUGGCCGUAGAGAGCCGGGAGAAGAAAGGAUUAAUCGUGAAAAGCCCGAUGUAUUUCGGGGGUUUUCCACCCAACCUCGGAGCGAAUAGAGUCACAGAACCUUCGGUUCUUCUUCUGAACAGAUUCAUUGGAUGUAUAAUGGAUAGCGAGUUUCUACGAUCCUCGUCUGACCAAGGAAACAAGAUAAUCAAAACCAUCGUGGAAAAUUCAGAUGAAGUAAUCCCAGGCUGUAUUGAUGAGUGUGAAAAAAAUAACACAUGCAUCAAUAAUGGGACAUGUCUUAACAGAUUCAUUACAACUGCAUGCGACUGCACCACGACUGGCUACAGAGGAGGCUUUUGUGAACGAGCACUUCCGGUCAUUGGCCUCAGUCGAUCAGAUUACCUAGUUUUCAACCGUUCCAAUAAAGCUGUCUCUUCAAAGCACGAUCGAAUCACGCUGAGAUUCAAGACAGCCAAUCAGAAUGGAACACUCUUAGAAAGCGGGCGCUGGGUGAGAGAUUAUUUGGUGGUCGCACUGAGCGAUGGUUACAUUCUGAUACGAUGGAAUCUUGGAUCAGGUGAAAUGAACCUGCAUGCGCGUGACAAAAUGUACAGUGACAAUAACUGGCACUCGGUUGAUAUACGAAGAAAUCGAGGCCGAAUUAGAGUAACAAUCGACGGCGUUUUUCACGUUUCUCGGAGUUUUCCUGGAAAUUACCAAUCAUUUGAUUUGGAAGAGGGCGAGGGAGAUGUGUAUUUCGGAGGAAUGGUCACCAAUGGCUUCCCAACGCAUCGUCGUCCAUCUAGCUUUCCCUUUGAGGGGUGCCUCCAAGAAAUCAAUUUCAAUGGUUUGGAUAUCAUCCAAGGUUUUCUCGACAAGAAAGACGCUUUUAUCAGCCGAGGAAGCCCUAAAUUUACUUGUGACAUCCCAAAGGGACUGAUUCCAACUACUGCAGCAAUAACGCCACUCGUUACCAUGGAUAGAACAACAUCUGCAAAUAAAGUUCAACGCCCAACGUCAUAUACAACCCCGCGUAAAAUGACCACGAACAUUGUCACUGACAAAAGUCAACGUCUCUCGACGUCAAAAAACAAAUCCAAAAGUUCAGAAUUACCCUGCACGGAUGAUGAAGACGAUUGUGACCCUGACGAUUCUGGUUCGGGAGGGAACGAAAUCAGCAGCGAAGAGAGCGGCUAUUCCGGAGAUAAUUAUAUCAGUCCCGGGUCAGAGUCUAGCACAAAAGGUAAACAUAUUAUCUCAGGUACAGGAGUCAAUACAAGCAAAAAUAAGUCGAUUAAAAGCAAAGCAACCGGCGUGGAAAGUAAGGGCGAGUCGGACAAUUCUCUAACACCUUGCCCAGGGGAUGACGAAGACGCCUGUGAAAAUUCAGAUGAGUCUGGGCAGGGUUCAGCUGAGCAAGGUUCCGCAGCCGGAAGCACAAACGCCCCUAGUCCCAGGACCUUCCCUAAUGGCAACGGCGAAGUUGAUGUUGAAGUGAAGGAAAGAGCCCUCGUAAAGGAAAAUGGCAGCAAAAAAUGGACGCUCAUAGCGGGGAUAAUUGUGGUAGGAACACUUCUUAUAACAUUUUGCAUCUUCGCAAUUUGGUGGCUUUGGAAAAAUAAGAAAAACCCCGAGUGGACAGGGGUGUACCAGGUCAAUGGCAGCCGAGAAAGAUGUUUAGCGGCUGAAGGAACAGACGUGUAAUGCUCAAACUGAUCAACUGAAGUUCAUGGAACAUCCUUGGACUAAUCAGAAAGCAGAGUCGAGUUUACACCUCAGCUGUUGCCUGAACGUCACGAAACGCGUUUUCGUAAGAAGACCGAACACCCUGCUUGUUUGGUCAAGAAACCCCUCCUGAGCGAAAAAUGUAGCGUGACUUUCAAUAGACGGUUUCAAGAGAAAAAAAAAUAUCUGACUCGGUAAAUUAAACAUUUGGAGUAUCAUCUGAUAGCAUAGUCUCUUCUGUAGAGGAAGAAGGAAAAUUUGAGCAACUUAGAAAUCCCAACCAAAUAACCUUUGUUUUCAUAGUACUCUAGCAAAGCUAAUCUAGCCUGAUGUUGUGUCCACCAAGAAAACAUAGCUCUAAA